GCCACCGAGGGAGGGGUGAGGCAUCAUGACAGCCGCUCCUGGCCAAGAAUUUCCGUCGGGACGGGGCGUGAAGGAAGGGAAGCCCAGUCCCGCCGCCCAGAAGGGAGGAGGGGACUCGGCGGCGAUGGAGCUGAACUUUAGCGCAAGUUUCGGGAGAAGUUCUUAGACUUAGGCAAAAGGUCUCGCUCUGACAGCCGCGAGAGGUACCCAGCCCACAAAGCCCAACUAGGCGGGGAUGCCGCCUCUCUCUUUCCCUCUCGUCUUUCCCCCGAUGCCCCAGCCUAUGUUCCGGAAUGGUUUCUAGAGCCGCUGCUCCGAAUCCAAUCGCUCGGGCGUUUCCCGCGGGUGAUUCCAAGUAGCUCGGCCGGGCGCUCUUCCCGCUCCGCCGGGCGUUUCUCUUGGGCAAGGGGAGUUCCACCGGCCGAGACGGGCGCCCGGGCGAGGUUUCCCCCGGCGGCGGGAGAUGCCGGGACCCUAGGCGCGCUUCCCCAAGGCUUGCGGGCUCGGUCCAGCAUGGCCGUCUAUGCCCUCACUGGCUUCUCCCUGGUCAGCCUGCUGAGCUUCGGCUACUUGUCCUGGGACUGGAUGAAGCCCGGUCUGGUGGCCGAGGUUUCGAGGGACCCGGCGGGGAAGCCUCGCCCCCCGCCUGCCUUCUCCAGGCCGCCUCACCUCGUCUUCAUUCUAACGGACGACCAGGGUUAUCACGACGUGGGCUACCACGGCUCGGACAUCCAGACUCCGACGCUGGACAGGUUGGCUGCCGAAGGGGUUAAGUUGGAGAACUACUACAUCCAGCCCAUCUGCACUCCCUCCAGGAGCCAGCUUAUCACCGGAAGGUACCAGAUCCACACAGGCCUUCAGCACUCCAUCAUCCGUCCCCGGCAGCCCAACUGCUUGCCUCUGAACCAGGUCACUCUCCCACAGAAACUGCAGGAAGCCGGCUACUCUACCCACAUGGUUGGCAAAUGGCACUUAGGCUUUUAUCGUAAAGAAUGCCUGCCGACCCGCAGGGGCUUUGAUACCUUCCUGGGCUCACUGACAGGAAACGUGGAUUACUAUACAUACGACAACUGUGACGGGCCAGGAAUAUGUGGGUAUGACCUUCACGAUGGGGAAAAUGUAGCCUGGGAACAAAGUGGCAAGUAUUCCACCUUCCUUUAUGCCCAGCGAGUCAGAAAAAUUCUGGCAACCCACAACCCCAAGGAGCCUCUCUUUAUCUACAUAGCGUUCCAGGCAGUGCACACCCCUCUACAGUCCCCAAAGGAAUACAUCUAUCGCUAUCGCUCCAUGGGCAACGUUGCCCGCCGCAAAUAUGCUGCCAUGGUCACGUGCAUGGAUGAAGCUGUGAAGAACAUCACCUGGGCCCUUAAGAAGUACGGCUACUAUGACAACAGUAUUAUUGUUUUCUCGACAGACAACGGGGGGCAGACAUUCUCUGGGGGAAGCAACUGGCCGUUGCGAGGCCGCAAAGGGACAUACUGGGAGGGAGGCGUGCGUGGCAUCGGGUUUGUCCACAGCCCACUGAUCAAACGCAAGCGAAGAACCAGCAGGGCACUCAUCCACAUCACUGACUGGUACCCAACUUUAGUGACUUUGGCUGGGGGCAAUGUGUCUGAAGCAGAUGGCUUGGAUGGCUACAAUGUAUGGCCAGCUAUCAGUGAGGGCAAGGAGUCGCCACGGACCGAAAUCCUGCACAACAUUGAUCCUCUUUAUAAUCAUGCCAAAUACGGCUCUCUAGAGAAUGGCUUUGGCAUCUGGAACACGGCAGUACAGGCCUCUUUGCGGGUAGGAGACUGGAAGCUUCUUACUGGAGAUCCUGGCUACAGUGACUGGAUCCCACCACAGACUCUGACCAACUUCCCAGGGAGUUGGUGGAACUUAGAGCGCCUGACGGACGGGAUGCGGCAGUCUGUCUGGCUUUUCAACAUCACGGCCGAUCCGUACGAGCGCUAUGACCUGUCAGAGCAGCAUCCCAAUGUGGUCAGGGCUCUGCUUGUUAGGCUGGUCAAUUACAACCAGACUGCCAUCCCGGUCAGAUAUCCUGCGGAAAACCCACGAGCUCACCCUGACUUCAAUGGUGGCGCCUGGGGGCCUUGGGCCACAGAAGAGGAAGAAGGGUGGGAAGGAGGGCAUGGAAAGCUGAAAAACAAAAAGCGGAAAAAGAAGUGCAAGAUCUGUAAGCUACGCUCCUUUUUCCGAAAGCUGAACACCAGACUGAUGUCAAACCGCAUCUGAGAUGGGGCAGGCUGGGUUCUUGCCCAGAGUCAGUCCUGGAAGAGAGCUGCUCCAAAAGAUGGGAGCAGGGGCAAGGAUCAGUAUAGCAUUGUCCUUUCUGCUCAGUGUGAAGUGAGGUGGACUUCUUCCGCCCCCCUAUUUUUAGGUAGGGAUAACUGAGUCUGCCUAUCCAUCCCACUUCAUCUCUCCCCCAAUUUCAGCACCAACAUUGCUGAUUCUCCAGUAUGGGCAGACUUUGCAACCUGUAUUUGACAUAGUCCCUUCCUUUCAAAUGUUACGACAUGAGGUGGUACUUAAUGUACAAAUGUUCGUUCUGAAAUGCUGCAGCAAAGAUACCUAAACUAUGCCAAUCAGGAACUCGUGGGAAGGAUAUAAAUUCUCAUUCUUCAACCAAAGACAGAAUCAAUUGUUCUCUAACCAGGGAAGGUAUCUAUUAAGGAAGAGUUUGCUCUGUAUUUGCUAUUGACUCAUGGAACGCUGACCAUAAAUAAUCUUCUGUAGUG